AUGCACCCAUUUGCUUCGUAUGUUCUACGCAGUUACUACAAAGCUACAGGUUGGAAUGAAGAUAAUCUUUUCACUAACCUGACCCGUUCCUCCGAUGCGAUUCUUGACUUUACCGUUCCCAAUGGAAUCUCCCUCUCAAUGUCCAAGUCACCCAACUCCCUGUUCAAAACUACCUAUUCAAUGAACGCCUUACCUUCUCUUAAUGGUUCAGUCGGGUACAUAUUCACCUCUUGCGACUUGGACAUCAAGACAUCAGGCCAUGUCCGGUUCAAGGACAUGAUUGAGCGGUUCAAGGUUUACGACCAGCCUCGGAGACCUGAAGGGAAAGAUGAAUGGUUGGCUGGGGAGAGUGUUGACACUCGAGACUACCUCAUGUAUGGUCGACUAUACAUACCUACAGGAAGACUCGACGCACUCUAUUCUACUAGACUAUAUCCUACGCUUCAAGCCAUUGUAGCAGCCAUCUCGGAUCCUCUUGGUAGAGUCAGAUCGGACAUCCGAGGUCGAGGAGGGGACAUGAGCAAUUUCAUGGUGUAUCUGCAACACGAUGUCGGUAAAUGGUGUACCGAAUAUACUUGGAGUGCAGAAGAUAGCAUGUGGGGAAUCAAGGUUUUGCAUAACUUCGGGAGGUUGGCUGGUACGACACCUGCAGAACCUGAGGGAAACCCGGCGACCUCCGCCUCGUCGCCAAAGGUGAAAGUGAAACGAGUGGACGAAGAAGAUGCCAUCGAAGGAGGUCUCAAAGGUCGUGUGUGUGCUGGAGCCGAGGUUUACUUUAGUGCGAAAGAACGGAGCGCUGGAAUUUCCACUGGAUUCAGGUUCUCAACGCUGCCGGAUGCCACACCGCCUUCCUAUCAAAUACCACCUCCCUCUUCCUCUGCUCUUUCUACCGCCUCACUGUCAAAGACUCCUCUUCCCUCUCAAACACCGACAACAAUAACGGCACUAUUCAACCCAAUGCUCGGACAUAUGUCUGGUGCCUAUUCUGCACGCGUUUCAGACGACCUAUCGCUCUCCUCAAGGUUUGACUUCAACGUCUAUAGUUACGAAAGCGAAUGGACGAUGGGUGCAGAAUAUUGGUUGCGACGUAACUCUUCUCUUGAACGUUUCAGUAUUGAAAACCAAUCAGAAGUAGAUCAAACGGGGAAGAAAACUAUACAUGGCGUCGUUAAAGCUAGGGCCUCCACAAGCAAUGAUGUAUCCAUCAUGUGGGAAGGUCGGAUUCGUAACAUGCUUGUUAGCCUAGGCGUAGUAUCAGACCUUUCCAGUCGCUUGAAGCCAAUCAAGUCGAUAGGUCUGGAAUUGUCUUACUUCAGUUCAGACAAUUGA